AUGAAGAACCACAGCCUAGUUGACCCGGCAAGUGAAUUGGCUAAGGAACUUGUCCGGCAAGAUCAAGAGAGGCUUCUGCCUUCUUUCCGUUUCCUACGCGAGAGCACUUUCAACACGCAGCUAUUAUAUCACAACAUUCAAAGUCUCCCUAAACAUUUGAAGCUAGUUGUAAAUGAUGAAGUGUUUACGAAAAGUGAUGUGCUCUUGUUUGGGGAGACAUGGACGCUUCCAGAAGAUGACAUUCAUUUGCCAGGCUUCGCUGUCGCUUCAAGAAUUGACUGUUUGGCGUUGCCAAGAACAUACCAGCAACUGAUGAUAGGAGACUUUAACAGAAAUAUUCAGCUCUCAAACAUGCGGAAAACAAUGGAUGGAUAUGCUAAUAUAGCUAACCUCACUGUGCAUGACGGUGACUUUACCACGACUAAAAAUCACAUAAAAAUUGACUUGGUCCCUAGCAACUUCGAUCUUCACUCUGGGGCAUACCACUCACUGACAAGCCACCACAAACCUCUCUGGAUAUCUUCGAGAAUGGGAGAUAGAGCUUUAAGCCCCAUCGCAAAGAAGAUGUCUCGCGAGGAGCGCAUUGUUGAUAACGGGCAAAAUAACAACGGUACCGAACCCGCCGAACUCGCCGGAGCUGCCGUGGUCGACGAUGGAGCAUUGCCGGCCGGUAUCGAGGAGGUCAAGCCGACUUCACAUCAGCAUGUUGAUUUUGACUUUUCCAUGAUGAUGGAGGAUGGACUUCACGAGUCCAUUUUAAACAUCACCGUAGAUUUGAACGUCGGCGAACAAGCGGGAAAUGGCGAUGGGCUGGCAGUGGCAAGCUGCAGUAAGGAGGUCGGAGAGGGAGUUUCUAGUUGCAGCCGGCAACAAGCGCUACUCGACAAGCAAGCUCCUAGCUGCAACAGACAACCGCGGGCAAGGCCUCCAGCUCACACCGCUCCACUGGUUUCACCUGCAGCUUCAAGGACCAGUAAUCGCACCAGCAGCUUAGCCUUCGCCAGAGUCAUGUUUCACAACAGCGACCUGGACGAAAAAAUGGUAAACAAAGUGUUGUCCCUUAUUCGUCAGUUAGGGACUGUUCAUUGGAAUGAUGUGUGUGGGCUCAGUAGUGUAAAGCAACGUUUGAAGGAAAUGGUUGUGUACCCACUACUGAACCCCACCCUGUUCCAAGGUCUGAGAAGGCCGGGAAGGGGACUCCUGCUUUUUGGUCCUCUAGGAAAUAGGAAAACUUUAAUUGGUAAGGUGUUGUGA